UCAUCAUCAUCAUCAUCAUCAUCAUCAUCACCCGGUGUGUUUGUGGACCUGCGCUUCACCCAGGAGCCUCAGGACACGGUGACGGUGCGCGGUGGCGUGCUGAGGCUCGACUGCGCCGCCAGCUCUGACUCGGCAGCGGCUCCCAUCCUCACGUGGCGGAAGGACGGCGUGCUGCUGAGCUCGCUGGUGGACGAGCGGCGGCGGCAGCUGGCCAACGGCUCGCUGCUGGUGCAGAACGUGGUGCACGCCCGCCACCACCGGCCCGACGAGGGCGCCUACCAGUGCCUCGCCACGCUGGACGGGCUGGGCAGCAUUGUGAGCCGCACCGCCCGCGUCACUGUAGCCGGUCCUCUGAAGCUGGUCGUCCCCACAGAGUCGGUGUCGUCGUACCUGGGCGACACGGCGCUGCUGCGCUGCCAGGUGUCGGGCGAGCCCACGCCCGUCGUGCGCUGGCAGAAGAACCGCGAGGACCUGUCGCCGACCUUUGACCCCGAGUCUCGGCUGGCCGUGCUGCCCUCGGGGUCACUGCAGGUCAGCCGCGUCCAGCCGCCCGACUCGGCCACCUACCGCUGCCUGGCGGACAACCCGGGCAGCGCCCGCACCGGGACGGACGCCGAGCUGCGCGUGCUGCCAGAGCCGGGGCUGAGUCGGAGUCUUCAGUUCCUGCAGCGUCCGGCGGCUGUAACGGCCCUGCUGGGAACCGACGCCGUGCUGGAAUGUUCCGCCUCAGGUUUUCCGACGCCGAGCUUCCAGUGGCGGCGAGGCGACGAGCUGCUGCUCAGCCGGUCUAAGAAGUACUCUCUGCUGGCCGGCAGCAACCUGCUGAUCAGCUCCGUGACCGACGACGACUCGGGGAGCUACAGCUGCACGGCCAGCAACAGGAACCAGAACAUCACCGCUUCCUGUCAGCUGACUGUGCUGGUCCCGCCUCAGUUCCUGAGCUACCCGUCCAACACGCUGGGGGCGGAGUCCAGCGACGUGGAGCUGGAGUGCUCGGUGACGGGGACCCCGCCGCCCGCCGUGCGCUGGCUGAAGAACGGCGAGGACGUCGUGCCCAGCGACUACUUCAGGAUCGUGGACGGUAGUAACUUACAGAUUCUGGGUCUGGUGAAGUCAGACGAGGGAUUUUAUCAGUGUGUGGCAGAAAACACCGCCGGCAACACACAAGCCAUGGCACAGCUGUUGCUACGGGAACCAGCGGCCCCCAGGCCGGGUGUGGCCCUGCCCUCGGCCCCCCGGGACCCGGCCCCGGUGCUGGUGUCCAGCCGCUCGGUGCGGCUGGGCUGGCGCCCCCCGCUGGAGCCCGCCGGCGCCGUGCGGGCCUACGGGGUUUACUACGCACAGGACGGCGUCCACAGGGAGCGGUCAGUGAACGUGUCGGAGCCGGAGGUCCAGGACCCGCUGGAGGUCACGGUGUCCAACCUGAAGCCCGACCAGACGUACCGCUUCCGCAUCGUCGCCUACAACGACGCCGGGCCCGGAGAGAGCUCACCUGUCCUGACAGUCACCACCCAGCCCGACCUGCAGGUCCCGGGGCCGGUGCAGGCUCUCCGGGCCGAGCCGCUGUCCCCCACCUCCGUCCAGGUGAGCUGGGAGCCGCCGCUGCAGCCCAACGGGCCCGUCCUGGGAUACCGGCUGCUGUGGAGCGAGCGCCCGUCCGGCAAAGAGCAGAGUGUGGAGGUGAACGGUCUGAGCUACAAGAUGGAGGGACUGAAUAAAUUCAUGGAGUUUGGCGUUCGGGUUUCAGCGCUCAACCGCCACGGGGUGGGCAUCGCCACGGAGACAGUCAGCGUGACGACGCUGUCUGAUGUCCCCAGCGCCGCUCCUCAGAACAUCAGCCUGGAGGUCGUCCUGUCCCGGAGCAUCAAGGUGUCAUGGCAACCGCCGCCUCGCAGCGCACAGAACGGCGUCAUCACCGCCUACAAGAUCAAAUACAGGAAGACUGGUCGCCGUGGAGACCAGGAAGCCAUCGAACCCAACAACUUCUGGUACCUGUUCACAGGUCUGGAUAAAGGCAGUCAGUACAGCUUCCAGGUGGCGGCCAUGACGGCCAACGGGACGGGGCCGGCCAGUGAUUGGUUCACCGCCGAGACGCCGGAGAACGACCUGGACGGCUACAUCCUGUACUUCACGCUGGAUAAGAACCUGCCCAUCGAUGAUUGGCUGAUGGAGGCGAUCGGCGGCGACCGGCUGACCCACCAGGUGUCCGACCUGAACCUGGACACCGUGUACUACUUCAGGAUCCAGGCCAAGAACGCCAAGGGGGUCGGCCCGCUGUCCGAGCCCGUGCACUUCAGGACCGCCAGAGUUGAACAUCCUGACAAGAUGGCCAAUGAUCAAGGUCGAGGAGGAGACCCCGCCCACUGGCCCUCUGACACCACCUUGAUUGACAGGAGCAGCAUCAAUGAGUCUCCUAUUGGUCAGAUGCGGCCGCCUCACGGCAGCGCCACGCCUCAGAAGAACAGCAACCUGCUGGUGGUCAUCGUGGUGUCGGUGGGCGGAGUCACGGUGGUGGUGGUGCUCGUGGUGGCUCUGAUCUGCACGCGCCGCUCGUCCGCCCAGCAGAGGAAGAAGCGAGCGAGCCACAGCGCCAGCAAGAGGAAGGGCAGCCAGAAGGAGCUCCGCCCCCCCGACCUGUGGAUCCACCACGAGGAGAUGGAGAUGAAGAACAUGGAGAAGCCUGCGAGCGCCGCGCCGUCGGGACGCGACUCGCCGCUGCAGGCCUGCCAGGACCUCCCCCAGCUGCCCCACAGCCAAUCAGAGAGCGCCAUGGGCAGCAAGAGCAGCCACUCGGGAGCGGACGGCGACGAGGCGUCCAGCAGCAUUUCCACACUGGAGCGCUCCCUGGCGGCGAGGAGGGCGACGCGCGGCAAAAUGAUGAUCCCCAUGGAAAACCAGCCAAGCAACACACCCGUGGUCAGUGCCAUCCCGGUCCCCGCUCUGGACUCCAGUCAGUUCUCGGGGCUCCUGCCGUCUCCCACCUGCAGCUUCACUCACAACAAGUUCACCCUGCGGCCCCUGGCCUUCCCCGGCCUGGGCCCCGACCGAGGAUACACACCAGCCAUGUCGUCUGACAGCUCAGCCAGUCAGUCACAGUCCCAGCCGCCGCCGCCGCCGCUCCUGCCUGGCUCCUCCUCCUCCUCCUCCUCCCAGGCAGGGGAGCACGUUCCCGGGGUCGGGGUCGUCCCGGGCAUGGCGGGCGUGGAGGAGCCCCCGGCCGGGACCACCCGCACCAUCCCCACCGCCUGCGUCCGCCCCACCCACCCGCUGCGCAGCUUCGCCACCCCGCUGCUGCCGCCGCCCAUGGGAACCAUCGAGCCCAAGGGUUACACUCCCAUGAUGCCUCAGUCUGGUGCCAACCUCCCGAAGCCCCAGGUGAAGACGGCGUCUCUGGGCCAGGCGGGCAAGGCUCGCUCGCCCCUGCUGCCCGUCUCUGUGCCCACGGCGCCCGACCUGCCAGAGGACGGACAGAAACCGGGAGAGGACGCCGUCGCCAACGUGUACGAGCAGGACGACCUGUCUGAGCAGAUGGCGAGCCUGGAAGGCCUCAUGAAGCAGCUCAACGCCAUCACCGGCUCCGCCUUCUAGCCUCCGACCGCAGGCCCCGCCCCCUCACCCCAGCCAGAACAUUUCCCACGAACCCCUGGGGUCCAACACGAAGAUGGCUCUGGGGGGGCGGAGCCACCGUCGGGGGCGGGGCUGCUG